UUAUUGCAUCAGAAUUUAAUGAAUUAAGGACAACAGUAACAUCCAUAUAAUAGUGUUUUUUAACAACUCUUAACAUUUUUAAUAAUUAACAAAAAAUGUGCAUGUCAUGAUAGAUAUGGAUUCGCACUGGUUUUCAGCACUCUUUGAGGGGAGUUAUGAUGAUGUAAUCAAUAACAUAGCCGAUUACGUUAAUUAUAGUAAUUCUUCUGUUAACGAUGGAGAUUCCAGUGGUAAUCAAAGUUCUGAUGAUGACGACGACGACGACGACGACGCGUCAGAUGAAGAAGGCGAGCUGUUUUGGGAAAGAGAGUUUGAUCAUCAGAAAUUGGUUAUAUGCACGGCGGGUGCCCUAGCAUUAUAUUACAAUACGUAUAUAUAUAAGGAACCUUGUAUGGAUUCGUACAACACUGGAAUGCAAUGGUUGAACGAAAUAUUACAUGGACAUUGGACCCGCUGUGUAAACAUGUUCAGGAUGGAUGCGACGACAUUUCAAAGUCUUUGCUUUCAACUUGAAAACCAAUAUGGGUUAACAGCAUCUAGAAGAAUGUGUGUUUAUGAAAAAGUUGGAAUAUUUCUUUAUACAAUAGCAUUGGGUGCUUCCAACAGAGAAGUUCAGGAGCGAUUUCAACAUUCAGGAGAAACUAUUAGUAGGUACUUUAAUGAAGUUCUUAAAUCAGUUUGUUCGCUCGCUGCAGAUUUAAUACAACCUGCAGAUCCCAGGUUUGUAAACACACCGUGUGAAAUUGUGAACAAUCCAAGGUAUAUGCCACAUUUCAAGAAUUGUGUAGGAGCUAUCGAUGGUACACAUGUGCGUGCAUGUGUUUCUUCAGAAAACCAAAUUCCAUUUAUCGGAAGAAAAGGUGUGCCAACCCAGAAUGUUAUGGCUGCAUGUAGCUUUGACAUGCAAUUCACAUUUGUUUGGGCGGGCUGGGAAGGCAGUGCACACGAUACACGAAUUUUUCUCGAGGCAAUUGACAAUCCACGUGUAAAAUUUCCUAAGCCACCAGAAGGGAAAUACUACUUGGUUGAUUCGGGAUAUCCUAAUGAAUAUGGAUUUUUAGGUCCAUAUAGAGGUCAGAGAUAUCAUUUGGAAGAAUUUAGGAGGCGAGGACAACCACAAAAUCAUGAAGAAAUUUUCAACCGUGUGCACUCUUCAUUACGUUGUGUGAUAGAACGUACAUUCGGAGUUUGGAAAAAAAGAUGGCGAAUCCUACAGAAUAUGCCAUCAUUUAACUACAAGACACAAGUUCGAAUUGUUGUCGCAUCCAUGGCAAUUCAUAACUACAUUAGAAGAACUUCAAUGCAAGAUGUGGCAUUUAUGGAGUUCGAUCGUCAUCCUGAUUUUGUGCCCGAUGAUUUUCUAACUGAUGUUGCUCCACGUGCACAAAUGCAAGGACACCACAGGCCUUCGCAAAUGGAUUACGUACGUGAUGGGAUUGCUGCAAGUUUAAUGACACAAUUAUAAAUUAUUGUUCUAAUAUGUUUAGGUCUCUUUGCAAAAUUUUAAUGGUUGUAAGAUUACUUUUUAUGUAAUUGUUCAUUAAUAUUAUGAAUGAAGUCCUUUUAGGUAAUUAUACCAUAACAUCAAAUUGAACCACAAUUUUUAACCAAACACAAUAAACUACUUUUUAUUCAACCUCAAUUUCAACCACAGUUUUAACCAAACAUAUAUAAAAUCCAGACCAACCACAACUAAAAGCAC